AUGUCUGUUAAGCCAUUACAACCAAAGAUUCCUGAUUAUACUAUUUCGGAUUAUGCGAAAUUUGCUGUAGCUGGUGCUAUGGGAUGUGGUGUUACACAUGGUGCUAUGACACCUAUUGAUGUCGUUAAAACAAGAAUCCAAUUAGACCCUCAGGUUUACAACAAAGGUAUGGUUGGUUCUUUCAAACAGAUCAUCAAAUCUGAAGGUGUUGGUGCUUUAUUGACUGGGUUGGGUCCAACUGUUUUGGGUUAUUCUUUACAAGGUGCUUUCAAAUUUGGUGGAUACGAGUUAUUCAAAAAGCAAUUUAUUACUUAUUUGGGAUACGAUACCGCCAAAAACUACAAAAAUUCCAUUUACAUUGGUUCAUCUGCUUUAGCUGAAUUUUUCGCUGAUAUUGCUUUGUGUCCGUUAGAAGCCACUAGAAUCAGAUUGGUUUCUCAACCAACUUUUGCUAAUGGUUUGAUUGGUGGUUUCUCUAGAAUCGCUAAAGAAGAAGGUAUUGGAUCAUUCUACAAUGGUUUCACUCCAAUUUUGUUCAAGCAAAUUCCAUACAAUAUUGCUAAAUUCUUGGUUUUCGAAAGAGCUGCAGAAGCAAUCUACAAUACCAUUCCAACUCCAAGAAACCAAUUGUCCAACGGAGCUCAAACUGCUGUUAACUUGAGUGCCGGUAUCAUUGCCGGUUGUGCUGCCGCUAUUGUUUCUCAGCCAGCCGAUACAUUAUUGUCUAAGGUCAACAAGACCAAGAAAGCUCCAGGUCAAUCAACUGUAGGUUUGUUAGUUCAAUUGGCUAAACAAUUGGGUUUCAGAGGUUCGUUUACUGGUUUACCAACCAGAUUGGUUAUGGUUGGUACAUUGACUUCUUUACAAUUCACCAUUUACGGUUCAUUGAAAAAGACUUUACAAUGUCCUCCAGGAGUUGAAUUAUAA